UUUUGACAAGAUUCAUAAACUUAUGAUUGUGUUGUGUCGUUUUAAUGGUUCUCUUCGUUCGCUUGAGGAAAAACAUCAUCGACAAACACAUGCUUUCACCGUCGACAAAGGCGGCCUGCUGGCUGACGACGUUUUUGAGCGUUUUUGUGACAGGUGAAAUGCCGAUCCAAGCAGAAGUGGAACCGGAAUUCUUGCAAGCUUUGGAAAACCAUACGGUUACGCAGGGUCGGGAGGUCCAUUUUACAUGUGUCGUCAAUCACCUUUCUAAUUAUAGGGUUGCGUGGAUAAAGUCAGAUUCCAAAGCGAUACUGGCAAUACACACAAACAUGAUUGCUUUAAACCCUCGGCUGUCUGUCACAUACAAUAACCACAACACUUGGAAGUUGCACGUCAGCAAUGUCCAAGCAAACGACUCUGGCACCUACAUGUGCCAAGUCAAUACAGACCCUAUGAAGAGUCAGAUGGGUCACUUAUCAGUAGUGAUCCCACCUGACAUAGUAGACAGCGUCACAGAAGGCAGCUCAGCAAGGGAAGGAGGCAGCGUGCGUUUGACCUGUAGCGCCACUGGUGUCCCGCCACCCACAGUCAUGUGGCGAAGAGAACACAACCGACCGAUCGUCUUCAGACAUGACGGCGGUAGGGAGAGAAAAGUGGUCGAGAGUCACAAAGGCGAGGGUCUCGAGUUGUCUCAUGUGCAACGGAACGAUAUGGGCGCGUACUACUGCAUUGCAAGUAACGGCGUACCGCCCACCGUCAGUCGCCGAUAUCACGUGCAAGUGCAUUUUAUCCCACAAGUGAAAGUGACAAAUCAACUGGUUGGCGCUCCUCUUGGUAGUGACGUCGAACUCCAGUGUUAUAUAGAAGCCUCUCCUAAAGCCAUGAACUCCUGGUCUCGUGAGGAUUCGUUAGUAAGCGACAAAUUGCUGGAAAAUCCGAAAUUCCGCAUCACGGAAACGGCGGUGAACGAGUAUUCUUUAUGGAUGAAUCUCACGAUAAAGUCGCUUGCACCGGGCGAUUACGGAACCUACGUGUGUGCCUCCGUCAAUGCGCUGGGGAAGAUGGAGAGCCAAGUCAGCUUACACAGGCUAGAACUCAGCAUGAACGGCUACGCGGACGAGCCCAUGGUGUCGGGUGCAGCGUGGCAGCGUGCAAGGAAUCUUCCAGCACGCACCCUCCCUGCAACUUCUCACGCCCACCAGUAUCUAACACAACACCUGCCACCGCAAUUGUACGCGUUGUUGUUAACAGCACUGCAGUAUGUGCACACCUUUUAAACUAUUAAGAUUCAAUUUAACAUCUUAUUAUCAUUCAUUCGGUAACAUGGCCUAAUGUAUUCCAUUUGAUAUAAGUUACUAUAUUAAUUUUUUUCAGAUUUAGCUUAACUGAAUGUGAAAACUAUCAUCUCGUAUUACAAGAAACUGCUUAAGUAGUCAAUAGAGUUGUGUUUUUAUUGUCUUUUGACAAAAAAACUGGAAGCCGAACAAGGCUCCCGCUGGAGUUGCUACUUUUUUUGUUUCCAGUUUGGCUGUGUAAGUUGUGAAGCUGUAAUAUAAAUGUCCAAGGAACUAAAAUUUUAAUUACUAAAAACUAGUUCCGGAGACACAUGUUUAUUACAUUUGGCGCUUCGAAUAGCCACAAAAUUUAAGCUGUUAUAUUAUGUACAGCGAAGGCCAGUCCAGUGUUAAUUAGAGGUCUGUUCAGGCGUUAGACAUGUAAAUAAGUAAUUACUUUUGGGAUUACCUUUCUUCAAUUGUCCCACAAACUUGCCCCAAUUUGAAAGUCACUGGUCAUUAUAUAU